AUUUCUGUUUUGUGCGAGAACAACAUUUUAAUACCCAUGCAAAAAAUAGUCGCAUUUAUCAUGUUUUUUCUUUUGAGAUAUAACUUGUAUGAUAAUGUGUAGGGGGGACCUGUUCCAUUUAAUGGCGAGAACAUGUCAAAUGUGUUGAUUAAAAGUGACAAUAAUUGAGAAAAUAUUUUCGAUGAUAUGGUUGAUUUACUGAGAGGAAAAUUUUAUUGGCCUCCAAAAAGUUAAAUAAGAUAUAAUCUUCAACUGAUCUGCAAAGAGGAAUACGGAAGUGACAUAACCCUUCAUUUAUAAACAAGUAAAUCAUUUAGAUAAGAAUAUUUGAAUGUGGAAACAUACAUAAAAUUGUGUAAUAGAUAAAUAUGUACCCACUAAUCUGAAACUUACGAUUGGAUAAAGGCAAUGUCAAACGGAGAAAUGAUAAAUAGCGAGGAGCUUUUGUCAUCCCUUGAGUCAUUUGUCAUUCAACAAGGCCCAUUUAUAUCCGAAUUGAUUGCUCAAACAGUUGUCCCAUUAUUCCGGUGACAUAAUACCGUAAUUUCUCAGACAUAUUCUCCACUCAAAACGAUCCCUCGAAACAUUUUAUUGUUCGAAUUUUUUGUUAUUAUAAAUUAUUUCUUUAUACUGCUCUAUUUCUUUUUGUUUUUUUAAUGUUUCAUUGUCCUUUCCAGACAAGUUUCAACUAUAGCAAUCAUAACCUGCUCAAGAUUAUCUGUUAUUUAAGAUAUGUUUUUAACAAUUCACUGGUGUUUGUACAUAAUCCCAGUUAUCGGAAUCUUGUACAUUUACUUCAGACAUUCCUACAGGUAUUGGAAAAGAAUGGGAGUACCACAGAUGGAACCGUCGUUUCCAUUUGGUGAUAUGGCCAGUGUGAUAUUUAGAAAACAAAACAUGGGUGAUAAAAUUAAAGAGAUUUAUGAUAAAAUGAAAGGUCACCGAUAUGUGGGAUUGUACUUUUUCAGCAGGAAAGCUUUCCUGCCCCUGGAUCCAGUUUUAAUUAAAAACAUUUUGUCGCAGGACUUUAACCACUUUUACGACAGAGGAAUCUAUUACGAUGAAGAAAAUGACCCACUUAGCGCGCACCUCUUUUCUAUAGCGGGUACUAAAUGGAAAAACCUUCGAUCCCGUUUAACCCCCGCCUAUUCCCCUGGAAAACUUAGAUACAUGUUUAACACGAUUCUGCAAUGCGGUCACGAAAUGACCGACAUCCUGUCGGAAAUGACGAGGCGGGAUCGUGCGGUGGAGAUAAAGGAAAUCCUGGCUCGGUACACCACCGACGUGAUAGGAUCCUGUGCCUUCGGCCUGGAGUGCAACAGUAUGCGUAACCCCGACGCAGAAUUUAGAAUCAUGGGUCGACGUGCGUUCACGCAAACUGUCGGUGAUGUUUUAAAAAUGAUUGUUAUAAGGAGUUUUCCGACUUUGGCGAAAUUUCUGGGAUUUGGAGUUUUUUCUAAUAAUGUUACUAAUUUCUUUCAACGAGUCGUUAAGGAAACAAUUGAGUACAGAGAAAAUAACAAUGUUACUAGAAAUGACUUUUUACAACUAUUAAUACAAAUGAAAAAUAAUAUAAACAUAGACACAGACAGUAAUAAUGAAAAGCAAAAAGAAGGAACAUCUUUAACAAUGGAAGAAGCAGCGGCUCAAGCCUUCAUUUUCUUUCUCGCUGGUUUCGAGACAACUUCAACAACGAUAAGCUUUGCAAUGUUCGAAAUGGCUUUGAACCCAAAAAUUCAGAACCGAGUUCGUGAAGAGUUUUGUGAAGUUUUAGCCAAACACAAGGGCGACAUUUGUUAUGAUGCACUUAUGGAGCUCCCAUAUUUGGACAUGGUCAUUUCCGAAACUCUGAGAAAAUAUCCGCCUGCUCCUGUGUUUUUGCGAAAAUGUACCAAAACGUACAAAGUGGCAGACUCCAAUGUCUAUAUUGAAAAGGGUCUGUCCGUUUUAAUUCCGGCAUAUGGGCUACACCGCGAUCCAGAAUAUUUCCCGCAGCCGGAGCUGUUUAAUCCAGAACGUUUCAGCGAGGAAAAUAAAUCUAAAAUAUGGGAUUACACGUAUAUUCCAUUUGGCGAUGGUCCCAGAGCGUGUAUCGGAAUGCGAUUUUCCCUUAUACAGAUCAAAAUAGCCCUUAUAUUAAUAUUGAGGGACUUCAACAUUUCUAUAAAUCAAAGAACCAAACUUCCUUUAAAGAUGGAAACGAAAGGAAUAAUUUUGUCACCGAUUGGAGGAUUAUGGUUCAACUUCGAAACACUAAAAAAAUCAAAUUAAUCUAUAUUUAAAUUGUACCUGGUCAGUUAUUUUGUACUGUGAUAAAUUUGAUGACGAUAUUUUAUUUUAAGUCAAAAAAACA